AUAUAUUUUUAGUCACCUGACUGACAGUUCGAGAACAAACAUGGAGGAUUGAACGCGGGAAUGUUAACGAAACUUUUGAGAGUCACGUAUUAGAAUGCUGCAGGUGGAAGUAUGACAACUUGACAAAUUUGUUGCCAGACACAUUGAGAUGGAACUUGAUUGUCCACUACUACCUUAUCUGGAUCCAGUCAGAUAAUAUGAUGGUUCAUAGUGUGACAUUAGAUUAUCCUGCAAAACUUAAUAUUUAAGAUAAAAUAUCACAAACACUCAAGAUGAGUGAGUUUAAAGUACACCACCAUGUCAGUGAGCUGUUGAACCUUCUCGGAAUGCGAUCAGCAGACCCAGUUGGGGCAGAGGUGUACACAGAGAUGUUACUGAAUAACAUGAAACCCUAUAUAACUACACAGGUGUCUGCCCAUCAGUCAAAGAGGAAGAUUGCAGGCUCCACACAGACACCCAUUGAGUUCCUUGCCAAAUAUGAUGACCUGAAGGCCAAAAAUGUGCGAGACCUUGAUCCUCUGGUGUUCCUUCUGUCCAAGCUAACAGAGGAAGAACAGACAAAAGAGUUUAUAGAAAAGCAUGCCAAGGACAAGGCUGAGGUGGCAGGCAUGACGCUUGUUCCUCACGAUCGAGUCACAUCACAGUUACCCGCCCCUGGUACCAAAUUGUCUGUACAAGAAUUGUCUGAGAUUCGAGACAAGUUACUGAAGGAAGCAAAAUCUGCACCUGCCACAACGUCCUCAGAGAUCCUAACAAAAGCUCUUCGUGAAAAACAGCUUAAACGCAAUGUAAAUAUUCCUCACCAACCAGACUGGCUAUUCCAGCGACCUUCACUUACACUGGACUUCAUUGUUGGUGUUGAUGAACCAACAGAUCAGAACAUUGUACCCCUGGGCAGCCUGCCUCUAGCACUACAGGAACACUCCAUCAUAGAAGACAUUCUCUGCUGUAUGCAGGGUAUUGAGGGGAAGUACAUCCUUGCCAGAGCUCUGACAGAGAGAUACGCACCAAAGGAGUUCAUGAUCGACCAAAGUCUUGAUCCAUCUCUACAGGAACUGGUGCGACGUCAACUACCACUGUGUUCCAACUACUCCACAGUUGUACGCUUUAUAGAAGAGAAAUCAGCAUUUGAGUACGGACUUGUGAACCAAGCCUUGAGUGCAGCCAUGCGUACACUUAUAAAAGAUUACAUGAUACUGGUGGCCCAGCUGGAGCACCAAAACAGACUGGGAAAUCUCACCCUACAGAAGGUGUGGUUUUACAUUCAGCCUACGAUGAGGACGUUGGAAAUCUUGGCAGCUGUGGCCAACUCAGUCAACAGGGGGGAGUGUAUAGGAGGUGUGGUCUUGAGUCUGCUCCACGAAAAAACCUCAGGCUUGAUAGGAGAUUCCAAGGGCCAGGAGCUGUGUCUGUACCUCACCCAGUCGGCCUGUGUUCCUUACUUUGAAAUCCUGGAAAAAUGGAUCUACAAGGGGAUCAUAUCAGACCCUUACUCUGAGUUCCUGGUGGAGGAGAAUGAGACAAUUCAGAAGGAGAAGCUCCAGGAGGACUACAACGAUGCGUACUGGGAGCAACACUACACCAUCUGUAGGGAACGCAUCCCUGUCUUCCUGGAACAGGUCGCUGACAAGAUCCUAAAUACGGGCAAAUAUCUCAACGUUAUACGCCUGUGUGGGCGGGAUAUAAAGUGUCCCAUUGCGGAGGAGAUAGUGUACACUCUGAAGGAUCGUCGAUACACUGAGCAAAUUGAGGGUGCCUACAACUACGCCAGUAAAGUCCUCCUCGAGCUCCUGAUGGAGGAGAAACAACUGAUGGCCAGAAUCAGAUCUAUGAAGCACUACUUCCUGUUGGACAAGGGAGACUUCAUUGUCCAGUUUAUGGAUAUGACAGAGGAUGAGAUGAAACAGGACAUAGACAAGAUCAUGCCGACGCGUCUGGAGACAUUACUGGAGCUUGCUCUUCGGACCAGCACUGCCAACGUAGACCCCUUCAAGGAUGACCUCAGAGUGGAACUGCUGCCUUUUGACCUGAUCACUCAGCUGUUCAAGAUCCUCACCAUAGACACCAAGCUAGAGAAAGAUUACAGAGUGGACCCAACAGACCUACACCUGUCUGGACUCGAGUCCUUCUCAUUUGACUAUGUUGUUAAAUGGCCAGUUUCUCUGGUUGUCAAUAGAAAGGCCCUAACCAGGUACCAGAUGUUGUUUCGUCACCUGUUUUACUGCAAGCAUGUGGAAAGACAACUGUGCAGUGUGUGGAUCGGGAAUAAGGCAGCAAAGAUGUAUUCACUCCACUCUGCUCGCUGGUACUCUGCAGCCUUUGCCUUGCGACAACGCAUGCUCAACUUUGUACAGAACUUUGAGUACUACAUGAUGUUUGAGGUCGUCGAACACAACUGGCAUAUCUUCCAAACCAACAUGGAAUCGGUAUCUAAUGUUGACGACGUGCUAAACUACCACACAGACUUCCUCAACAACUGUCUUAAGGACUGUAUGCUCACCAACCCAGACCUCCUCAAGAUCGUCCACAAACUAAUGAUGGUGUGCGUGACCUUCUCCAACUUCAUACAGCGUCUCAGUCAGAGUGCCACAAUAGAGAUGGAGGAGGCUCCGUCCCGGGAGAGUUCCCUACAGGGUCUUCAGGCCAGGAGCAGGAAGGACACCAGCAAACAGAAGGCCAGUUCAAAGGUGGUGUCAGAGCAUGUCGACCUGAUGGGAGCCAGCGAGAACUUUGAGAGGACCAUCAAAAAUUUUGACUCCAACUUCUCACGACUUCUGUUGGAACUUCUGGAGAAAAUAAUGGAUUUCAGCUGUAUCAGUGGCGAGUUCAAACUCUUCAACAUCUUGUACAGACUCGACUUUAAUGGGUUUUACACAGAAAAGUUAGAGGCCAUGUCAGCAGAGAAGGCUAUGCUGGAGUCAUCUACCCACAGUUCUGAGUCAAGUAAGGCCACCGUGUCUCGGUGAAACAUCCCAGGUUCAGGAUCCUGGCCAACCUCAUUCACAUCCCAACGACCUGACUCUGCCCGCUAUGUCCCUGGGAUGCACCGUCCAAACGUGGUCAAUGGUUCCUCUUGACCAGUCAUGUCAGCUGAAGUCAGGAUUGGCCAUCUCCAGUAUCAAAGCUUCCCCUCAGCAACACAAAAAAUUGUCAACACAUUUACCCUUGUUUGAUUGGUAGAUUCACAUGACUUCCAGGUGUUUGUGUUGGUGUGUGGGGCGUCCAGGUGUGUUGUUAACCUCUGUGUAACCAAGUGACUCUUCAAGUCGGGCACAUAGUGCUGGAACAUGCGAAUACUUAUAUUAAUGGAGGAGAAAGCAACAUUGUGAUCCUAGUAGUAGGGCAGAAGUUGUAGCAUUGUUACUUUAACUAGUUACAAUGUUACAAAGACAAGUUACAAUAUGUGUGGCUUCAUUCAUAGUGCAAGAACCAGGGAUACAUAUGUGUAUAUAUCUACUGGAUACAAACUUGUGACGCUUGUGUUGAAAUUAUCCAGAAAAAGAAGUAUCAUGACAUCCAAGUUUUUCAUUGAAUGUGUUAUUACCACUUAACAUUUUCAAUAGUAUGAUAAUAAAGUAUUAAAGCUGG